AUGCCCGAGUCCCGCUCCCGACAGCCGCUGGCAUGGAUUGACUGCGAGAUGACGGGCUUGGAUGUCGAGAAUGACAGCAUCAUGUCGUUGGCUUGCUUCGUCACGGAUUAUGAGCUGAAUGUGCUGGAUGAGACGGGCUAUGAAGCAGUUAUCCAUCACUCGCAGGAACAAUUGGAUAAGAUGGGCGAGUGGUGUACGUCCCAUCAUGGCGACUCUGGCCUCACCGCCGCAUGUCUAGCUUCUACCACGACCGCCGACCAGGCCGCCACCGAGCUUCUGGCCUAUAUUCAGCAGUUCGCACCAGAAAGAAAACGGGCUUUGCUAGCUGGAAAUACCGUGCAUGCCGACAAGUCUUUCCUGGUCAAGGAGCCUUGGAGAAAGGUCGUCAGACACCUGCAUCAUCGAAUUCUGGAUGUCAGUGCCAUCAAAGAGGCCGCCAAACGAUGGGCACCAGAACCCAUCAUCAAGCAGAGUCCGCAAAAGGCGGGUCUGCAUGAGGCCAAGGCUGAUAUCCUGGAGAGCAUUGAGGAAGCGAGAUUCUACAGGAGAGUCUUCUUUCAGACGCCUGGUGGCGAAGUGUGA